AUGAAUAAAAAUACAGAAUUUUCAACCUCAGAGCAGCCAUAUAUAGCACAAACAGAAAAAUUCUUCCAUGGAGGAAAAAUAGCAAUUAUUAUGGUUGGGCUUCCAGCUCGUGGAAAAACACAUCUUUCAGUAUCAAUAUGUCGAUAUUUAAGAUGGCUUGGUGUUAAAACUCAUGUUUUUCAUUUAGGAGACUAUAGACGAAAAAAUUUGAAAAAAGGAGAAGUUUUGCCAGAAGAUUACUUCUAUGCAAAUCCAUCUGAAAAAACUAAAGAAUUUCGUAAUUCAGUGCUUUCAUGCUGUAAAAUAGAUAUAAUAAAGUUUUUCGAUUCUGAAGAGGGUCAAGUUGCUAUUUAUGAUGCAGUUAACCCUAGAAUCUCAGAUCGCCAAGGAUUAGCUACUUUUUUUGCAGAAAAGAAUAUUCAGCCACUUUUUAUAGAAUCACUUUGUGAUGAUCCAGAUAUAAUUGAGGAAAAUGUUAGAAAUUUAAAAAUAUCAUCACCAGAUUAUGCUGGGUGGAAACCAGAAGAUGCUGUUAAAGAUUAUUUUCUACGUAUUAAAAAUAGAAUACCAAUUUAUGAAACAAUAGUAGAACAUGAUUUAAGUUAUAUUAAAAUCAUAAAUAUAAACCAAAAACUGAUAAUCAAUAAUGCAAAUAUUGGAUAUUUACACUCACGAAUCAUAUUUUAUUUGAUGAAUUUGCAUAUAAAACCAAGAGUUAUUUAUUUUGCUAGGGCUUGCAAUUCCUUACAUGAUUCCAAUUUUAAAAAAGAAGACGAUUUUUCAGAUCGAAAAAAAUACGAAUAUGCAACAGCACUUGUAAAUACAUUAUUAAAACAUCGAGAAACAUUGCAAAAUCAAUUAACUUCUGAUAAAAACAAAGAAAUAAAGGAUUUAAUGAUUUGGACACCCAUUAGUGAUAAAAUAUGUUAUAUUGCGGAUCUUUUACGAAAUAAUGGAUAUAUAAUAUACCAACGACCACAAUUACGACAAAUUAAUUUGGGCAUGGUUGAAGAUAUGACAUUAGAGGAAAUAAAAGAAAAAUAUCCUCUAGAAAUUCGAUGUUUUCAAGAAAAUCCAAAUACCCAUCGUUUUCCUCGUGGAGAAAGUAUGCACGACUUAAGGCAUCGACUUGAACCUGUUAUUUUUGAAAUUGAGAAAGAAAGUAAUGAUAUUCUCAUCGUUGCACAUAUUAGUGUUAUCAAACUUUUAUACGCUUAUUUUAUGAAUACACCAACUGAUAAAAUUCCAUUUCUAAAUUUACCAAAAAAUCAAAUCAUAAAAAUUAUACCCGGAGCUUAUAUUUGUACUGAAACAAGGAUACAUAUACCAAUCACUUUAUCUUAA